AAGCCAUUUCCCUUUCAAAAGGUUGAAAAUCAGAUAAUGUCACAAAAACAUUGUAGAAUCCAAUCAAUUUUUUUUAUAUAACAUAACCUUUUCUUUUUAUUUUCUGUAGAUCCAAGCCUGGGUAACAUGAGUGAUCAGUACGACUUUGAAGGCUUUGAAUCUCCGUCCACUGGGCCAGAGUACAAAAUUCGUCAGGUUGUGUUCCGUUAUGUCUUUGCUGUUUUCCUCAUCCUGGGUACCGUUGGAUCAUUUCCGUGUAUUGUGCUGCUGAACCGCUACAGUCACACGGUGUGGUCGACCUGCGUGUACCUCUCCCUUCUCCUUGGUAUCGACCUCGUCAAGCUGUAUGUCCAUUGCGGGAACCAGUGGUUCGACGCUGUAGCCGACGAAAAUCUCAGUUGGAACAUACUGGUCAUAUCGAAUUCCAUCUGCAAAGUGUACACAUUUCUCCUGAGUUUUUUCAAUCAUAUGUCCUCCUGGAUUGUUGUUGCAGCCAGUGUGGAGUUGCUGAUAGCGAUACGGUUUCCACGACACAUGUAUGUGAUGUGUAUGCGAGAGCGGUCUCAAGCCGUCAUUCUCUUUAUCAUCGUUCUACUGAUCUGCCUCAAUAUCCACUUUUUCUGGACGGUAGGACUGAGCCUGCCUGGUCAGUCACCAGAAAUCAUCACACCAUACUGCCAUGACAACUACGAACUCUCCGAAGAUUUCAGAAUGAUCAUCUGGCCUCUUGUUGACUUCAUCGUCCGAAAUGCUAUUCCAAUGAUAUCAGUGUUUUCGUGCCUGUGUGUGUGCUCCGUGCAUAUCGUCCAAAACAUGGGAAGGAAAAGCAACCAAGAAGAAGUUGAAUCAUUACUUGGCAAGUAUUUCCUGGAUUUAAAGACACUUCAUGAGAUGAAAAAAGCCACAGUUAUUUUGUCAAUGUAUUUCCUAAUGAACUCGUCAUGUUUGGUCAUUGAGGCAGUCUUAACCAAAUUUCCUGAAGUGCAUUUAAAUUUUGCUCUAUUUGACAUCGUGUUGCGGACAAUGGAUUAUGCUUAUCUGAGUUUAAAGCCAUACAUCUUCAUUGUGUUCUGCAAGAAGCUCCGACAAGAUAUGCUGAGCUCCUUGACAUACUGCCAGUCUAACAAACACUACCAAGUCUCGGCCAGGAAACGAGCUUCUUCCAUCGAGGUCACCCGCUCCACAAACUCUAUCAACAAUGCCGCUGGUGCACGUCCAAAAAUCUACACAGCCACUGGCAUCGGUACUUCUACUGGGGUGUGAAGUAUGUAACAAAACACAUGGAAAACAAACUCCAAUAAAAAUAUCUUUGUUGGAUAAGAUAGAUUUCAGUGAAAAGAUCGUGAUUCAGGUUAGAAUUGGGACACUGAGGUGACACAGGACUUACACCUGCACACAGGAACUGUAGGAAUAUAACAUCUCAACUACAGAUAAUCAUAGUGUGGUCUGGAGAUUAUAUACUGAUAUAGUUACUCAAUUUAUUUUAUCACAAUCAUCAAGUACACAGUCUCUACAGAAUUAAGUGAGAAAACAUGGAUUUUAUCAGCUUCAUCUUAACAGGACAUCUAAUUAAAGUAUGAAAAUGUAGGUGAUCCUAAUGCUGUUACGAUAUACGAGAUUACCUUAACUGUACAACACUGACAAAUUCUCUUGGAAAUAGACAAAUUCUCUUGGAAACAUACAAAUUUGCUUGGAAACAUACAAAUUAUCUUGGAAACAUACAAAUUCGCUUGGAAAUAUACAAAUUCACAUGGAAACAUACAAAUUCUCUUGGAAACAUACAAAUUCUAUUGGAAACGGACAAAUUCUCUUGGAAACAUAAAAAUUCUAUUGGAAACAUACAAAUUCUCAUGGAAACAUACAAAUUCUCAUGGAAACAUACAAAUUCUCUUGGAAACAUAAAUUUUCUUGGAAAAUGACAAAUUCUCUUGAAAACAUACAAAUUCUCUUGGAAAUAUACAAAUUCUUUUGGAAACUGGUCAAUUUUCUUGGAAAAUGAAAAAUUUCUUGGAAACAAAACAGGAGAUUAUGCUUAGAAAAAAUGAAAAGAAUCAAUUAUUAAUCUUGGCUUGAAAUUCACAGCAGACAAAUUUGUUGUUGUCACAAUUCAAAGCUGCAAAUGUCAAGUGAAGUUUUAUUUCAUAAAUCUGUAUUCAAGCAUGACAAAGUAAUUAAAUGAAAUUUUAAACCAAAAAAACAAAGGAGACAAAUAUCAGUAUCACAAACAGAUCCUGAUUACCAGAUGUUGAUGUCACCUGUGACACAGUGUGGGAAAAUUAAGUCACUCAAUUCAAGUAUGAAUGUCACCUGGCAGUGUGGGAAAGUUAACACGUCAAUACAAGUAUGAAUGUCACCUGUGACACAGUGUGGGAAAGUCAACACGUCAAUACAAGUAUGGAUGUCACCUGUGACACAGUGUGGGAAAGUCAACACGUCAAUACAAGUAUGGAUGUCACCUGGCAGUGUGGGAAAGUUAACACAAUAUAAGUAUGGAUGUCACCAGGCAGUGUGGGAAAGUCAACACAAUAUAAGUAUGGAUGUCACAAUACAGUGUGGGAAAGUUAACACAAUAUAAGUAUGGAUGUCACCUGGCAGUGUGGGAAAGUUAACACAAUAUAAGUAUGGAUGUCACCUGGCAGUGUGGGAAAGUCAACACAAUAUAAGUAUGGAUGUCACCUGUGACACAGUGUGGGAAAGUCAACACGUCAAUACAAGUAUGAAUGUCACCGGUGACACAGUGUGGGAAAGUCAACACGUCAAUACAAGUAUGAAUGUCACCUGUGACACAGUGUGGGAAAGUCAACACGUCAAUACAAGUAUGAAUGUCACCUGUGACACAGUGUGGGAAAGUCAACACGUCAAUACAAGUAUGAAUGUCACCUGUGACACAGUGUGGGAAAGUCAACACGUCAAUACAAGUAUGGAUGUCACCUGGCAGUGUGGGAAAGUUAACACAAUAUAAGUAUGGAUGUCACCAGGCAGUGUGGGAAAGUCAACACAAUAUAAGUAUGGAUGUCACCUGGCAGUGUGGGAAAGUCAACACAAUACAAGUAUGGAUGUCACCUGGCAGUGUGGGAAAGUUAACACAAUAUAAGUAUGAAUGUCACCUGGCAGUGUGGGAAAGUUAACACAAUACAAGUAUGAAUGUCACCUGGCAGUGUGGGAAAGUUAACACAAUAUAAGUAUGGAUGUCACCUGGCAGUGUGGGAAAGUUAAGUCAAUCCUCUACAAGUAUGGAUAUAAUUACAAAGUGUGGGAAAGUUAACUCAUCAAUACAAGUAUGAAUUUCAGCAGGUAGUGUGGGAAAGUUAAUGUAAUACAAGAGUGGAUCCCAUCUCGCAAUCUGAAAAAGUUGUCAUUCAUGGAAGUAUGGAUAUCACCUUGAAAUAUGGGAAAAUUAAGUCUAUACAAGAAUGGAUGUACAUCAAUGUGUGAGAAAGCCAAUUAUGUUAUUCGCAAAAAUAUUAAUGUCAUCUCGCAUUGUGAGAAUGGAUGUCAUUUCGCAGUCUGAAAAAGUCAUUCAUAGAAAUAUGGAUGUCAGAACCUUGCAAUGAGGGAAAGCUAAGUAAUACAUGAAUGUCACUUCACAGUGUCAGAAUGCAUCAAUUUUACAGGAAGGUGAACAUAGGCAAGGUUUCAUGAAUCCCAUUUGAAUAUCCUUUGUAUGAAUGUUUCAUUGACAAGUUUAGGCAUUUAUCAUGCCAGAUAUUUUGUAAAUAAAUACAAUCUAUUCUUUCCUUUUGAAAUGGAUAAGUGUAAAUAUAGAAACCAGAAGAACAUUUUACUGAAGAUUUAUGUCAUUGUGAUAUCAAGGCAAUGUGGUGACCAUAACCAAUAACAUAUAGGUCACCAUGGCAACAGAACAGUACUGUACAAAAUAAGAUUGUACAUGUAUGUUGUAGUCACCAUAGCAACAGAACAAUACUGCACAAAAUAAUAUUAUACAUUCAUGUUGUGGUAACCAUGGCAAGAGAAUAAUAUUGUACAAACUAAGAUUGUAUAUGUAUGCUGUUGUCUCCAUGGCAACAGAACAAUACUGCACAAAAUAAGAUUAUACAUUCAUGUUGUGGUAACCAUGGCAACAGAACAAUACAAUAGAUGAUGUGAUGUGCUCUUACUAUCCCAAGGCAAUACACUAGUAAACAUAAAACCACAUUGUAUCCCUGUCUUUCUAUCACAAACAUCCUUAAUCAAACAGCAAUUAAAUUAUCAUCACCAGCAUCAACUGGUGUCUAUAUAUAUACUAGACCACUUAUACAGGGAAAAGAAGCUGUUCAUCUGAAUUAUCUAAUACCAAUGUAUGCUUCUUCUAACUUAAAUCUAAAGCAAUGAAAAUUAAUAGACCCUAGACAAAAUUUGGAUGAGUAUAAACAUGUUUUAAUCAAACUUUUUCAGCAGUUUACUUAUGUGAAGUACAUUUCAUUAUACCUCAAACUGCCAAUUUUAAGAGUCAAAACAUCCUUAACCCUUGUGGCCCCAAUCACGACCCCUGACCCCAAUUGCAUAACCCUUGACCUCAAUUACAUGACCCUUGACCUCAAUCACAUGAUCUUUGACCCUGAUCACAUUGCACAUGACCCUAAUCAUCUCUGGCCUUAACCAUCACUCCAAAUACUAUAUGAAUCCAUAUCAUGACCAUAACACCGCAAAAAUAAUAUAUUUCAGAGGAAAUUAGCACAAUUUAGUUUUUGUAGCAUUUUACACCAGAAUAUGGCUUUAUUAUAAUCAAGGAGAGAUUGGUUCAUGGCAUUUUCAGAAUGAUGAAGGAAUCCUCUGUAUAUCUGCUUAUAAGAUCUUAUCCAUUUCAGUAUGCUUCAAUAGCUUUUGUACCCCAUUACCAUUGUUUAUGAAAUACUGUGUUCAUCAAUCUUUUAACAUUUGCCACAAAGAUAUGUAAAAUAUUACAUAUCCUGAGAGGGUUUAUAUCAUGUAACAGAUCAUGGAUAUACAACACUGUAUAUGGGAAAUAUUCAUUCAUUGCUUUUUGCCAUACAAUUGUUUUUUCUCAGUGUUUGCAUCAAUAUACUUUUUUUAUGUAAUUAUUAUCAAUGACCGAGACCGCAAAUUUCAGUUUUAACCUCAAAUUUUACUUUUGCCCAUUUGCCAAGAGGGCAAAACAGACCCAACUUUAAGCUGUGUUCCCUAUUAAUUACACAGUGUCUAUACUUCUGACCUAAUAACGGUCACUGUUAAAUGUAGAAGUGAGGACAUCUGCCUGUUUAUACCCUCCUUAAUGUAGAGGUGAGGACACCAGCCUCAUUAUACCCUCCUUAAUGUAGAGGUGAGGACACCAGCCUCAUUAUACCCUCCUCAAUGUAGAGGUGAGGACACCAGCCUCAUUAUACCCUCCUCAAUGUAGAAGUGAGGACACCAGCCUCAUUAUACCCUCCUUAAUGUAGAAGUGAGGACACCAGCCUCAUUAUACCCUCCUUAAUGUAGAAGUGAGGACACCAGCCUCAUUAUACCCUCCUUAAUGUAGAGGUGAGGACACCAGCCUCAUUAUACCCUCCUCAAUGUAGAAGUGAGGACACCAGCCUCAUUAUACCCUCCUUAAUGUAGAAGUGAGGACAUCAGCCUCAUUAUACCCUCCUCAAUGUAGAAGUGAGGACACCAGCCUCAUUAUACCCUCCUUAAUGUAGAAGUGAGGACAUCAGCCUCAUUAUACCCUCCUUAAUGUAGAGGUGAGGACACCAGCCUCAUUAUACCCUCCUUAAUGUAGAGGUGAGGACAUCAGCCUCAUUAUACCCUCCUCAAUGUAGAGGUGAGGACAUCAGCCUCAUUAUACCCUCCUCAAUGUAGGGGUGAGGACACCAGCCUCAUUAUACCCUCCUCAAUGUAGGGGUGAGGACACCAGCCUCAUUAUACCCUCCUCAAUGUAGAGGUGAGGACAUCAGCCUCAUUAUACCCUCCUCAAUGUAGAGGUGAGGACAUCAGCCUCAUUAUACCCUCCUUAAUGUAGAGGUGAGGACAUCAGCCUCAUUAUACCCUCCUUAAUGUAGAGGUGAGGACACCAGCCUCAUUAUACCCUCCUCAAUGUAGAGGUGAGGACACCAGCCUCAUUAUAAUUAUAAUAACGACAAAGCAAUAAAGGUAAUGUCAUUCAUAUACUCAUAAACGGCUUCAUCAAAACUCAUUUAUUUCAUCACGAACAUUAUUCUGGCUUUCUACCAUAACUGAUACUUAAUCACCCCUAAUUUUUAACAUGAAUCAUUCUCUAUCUAUGUCCUGGUCCUGUCCAAUCUAACUCCAGGGUGGUGACAGGGUUCCACCAGUGAACAUACACAGUGCCUAUAUCAUUUCUAAUGAUCAACAUUUUCCAUUAGAUGUAUGCUUAUCUCUGUCUCAUGUUGGUAUCAAUAUUGUUUUCACUGUUAUAUCUACUGACUGCUAAUCUCAUCCUAAUAUUAAAGUUCCACAAAAUA